AUGGACACAUUUAAAGGACAAAUACAAGAAGCUAUCAAGUUGGAGUUGUCACAAAUUGUAUCACAACAUUCAGCCCCACUUCAGCCAAAUGAUAUACAAGUAUUAGCAGCAAGGGUAAGCACGAAGGGAAGCUGUGCAGCAGCAGAGACAAAUGCAUUAGCUAAAAAACCCUCUUUGUUGAAUGGUGACAAUGUCAGCCUGCAUGUAACCGUUGAGAACUCCAACAAAUUAGUGGCAGUGGGCAAACGGUGCGACAGUUUUGGCACCAUCCACAACGUGCCCUAUGCUGAUGAUGUUGUUCGCGUGAGUGUGGUGGAAGUUAUUUUCGGUGAUGCGGAGGUUCCAAUCCCUACAUCAGAAAUAAAGUUUGUCAAAGAAGCUUUAGGUAGUUUUGUUCCAUGGCCAACACAUUUGGUCAAACCCAUCUUGCCUGAGGAAGCAGAGAAGGAUGUGAGCUCACCAUUGAAGACUGUUGAGGAGGAAAAGGCAGCUGAGGUUAUUGAUCCAUUGGGAGAGUUGGUGAAGAACUUGUUCGACAUUUACCAAAGGCCUGUUGAGGUGUCAUGGGAUGGUGCUAAAUUUGGGAUCAAUAAUGUCAAAGAUGGCUUCUUCAUCACACACGCUGAUGUGAGCGAGAUAAUAUUAGGAGACAAGUGUUUAAACAUCUCCAUUCUACAGCUAUGGCUUAUGUUUAUUCAUGAUUGGAGUGCGAGCAUUGGUUAUGGACCAUUGUAUGGGUUCCUUGAACCUCAGUGUAUCCACAAUGCAAGCAGUAGACGUCAAGAGUGUGAAAAUUACAUUGGAAGGUGGUUGAAGGAAGCAGGAAAACAAAUUUACAUAGCACCUUAUUUAAACCAGGCCCAUUGGCAGCUCGUUGUAUUGUGCCCAGGCGACAAUGUAGUGGUUUGGUUUUGUUCUUUGAAGAAGAAGCCGGAUGCUGCCAUCAAGGGUGCAGUAAACAGUGCAAUGAAAUCAGUCACCAAAACUGCAGAGGGAAAGCCACCUCAGCAUGGGCCUCAGUGGAUUGAAGCAAAGAGUCAUGUUCAAACAGGAAAUUACGAGUGUGGAUACUAUGUUAUGCAAUGGAUAUGGUGCAUCGUAAGUGGUGGAUUGAAGGAUGACUGGAUUCACUGGUUUUCUGAUCGAUCACCGCUAACAGAAGAGACCAUGACCACACUCCGGCAUAAAUGGGCGGCCUAUUUUAUCCAAAUAAAGAAAUGCGAACCAAGAAAAAAUUUGAUAACUUAG